CCGAAGCCUUCGAGGAUAAUGUGAUGUUGGGUACAUUUCCAUACACUUUGGAUUUUCCAGUUACUAUCUCCUCUAUACACUGUCGCAAUCAGUCUCUGGUCUCGUCUAUCUUCUCGUCUAAUCAGAAGUCUAUGCACCUAGUAAGUAUCCGUGACGAGGAAUAA